GUGUCAUGUUGGUGCAGGGGACUAGGUGAGGAACACUUCCGCAGUUGCACGAAAAUUGUACGGAAGUUUGUUGGGGGUUUUGAUCAGUGCUUUGCGAGUUCUUGGACCAGGGACCUUACCACAGAAAUUCAUUAGUACAGCAUUAACCAUAAAAGAUUUAGCUAGCAAGGCAAGACUAGCAGUAGCAGAAUGAGCCGUUUCAGUGCGUCCAAAUUCAAGAAUGCAUCGGCGACCAUCGCCAAGAAAGAGCAUUGGUUUAGUGAUCUCCGUGUCGGAUCGCCAUCGUCAUGUGGCAACCACAUCAAAGCCAGCUGCACUCUCAUGGCCUUCAACACCACCAACACAGGUGGAGGCACGUUAGGCAUUAUCCCUCUUGAUAAAUGUGGGCGGGGCCUAUCAACGCUGCCCAUGCUACACGCCCAUGGAUCGCUAGUGACUGACAUGGAUUUCUCACCGUUUGAUGAUUACAUGCUUGCCACAUGCUCCAAUGACAACAUGAUCAAGAUAUGGGACCUACCAGAAGGAGGCCUGACAGAGAGCAUGUCCACCCCUGCUGCUACCCUCCCUAAGCUAGCCAAGGGGGUCCAGAAUGUUUUAUUCCAUCCCACUGCAGAAGGCCUGUUGGCGUCAUCGUCUGACAAGACCGUUCAGAUAUGGGACAUUGGAAAGGCACAGGAAUGCGUAGCCAUGGAGGUCCAUGGGGAGCAGAUUCAAGGCAUCAGCUGGAAACAAGAUGGCUGCCUCAUAGCAACCACAGCCAAGGACAAGAAACUGAGGAUCCUGGACCCACGGCAAAACACAGUCAGCGCGGAAACAGCUGGUCAUGCCAACAACAAGGAUUCCAGAGUGUGUUGGCUGGGGAACUCAGAUCUGAUUCUCACUACAGGAUUUAGCCAGGGAAGGAGCCGUGAGAUGUGUGUGUGGGAUCAGCGUCAGUUUGGCAGUGCCGUUCAGCAGCAUUCUGUGGACCAGUCCACUGGAACCUUAAUGCCGCUAUACGAUCCUGACACCAACAUGCUAUUUACAAUUGGCACGGGAGACACGACUCUCAGAUACGCUGAGAUCACAAUGUCAUCGCCUUACAUCUCCGAUAGGAGCGCGCAGUCACUUCCCGAACAGACCAAAGGCGUUGCCACGGUCCCCAAGCGUGCCUUGGAUGUCAUGUCGUGCGAGGUUGCUAGGAUACUGUUGCUUACGGCAACCGCCGUGGUGCCAAUUUCGUACACUGUUCCCAGAAAGUCACAUCGUGAUUUUUACGGUGAGCUGUUCCCAGACACCAAUGGAGGUGAGGCUGCUCAGUCAGCGGCUGAUUGGCUGGCUGGAUCAGACAAACAGGUUGAAAAGGUAUCCCUGGAUCCAGCAAAAUGCAAGCCAAUCACAAAGAAGGAGAAGCAAGGGUUGCCAUCGGUUACAUCUUCCAAACCAAAGCUUGAAGCUAAGCCAGGCAACAAGUCUCCGCCUUCCACUGAAUCAGCACAGCAGCCAAAUGAACCACCUAAAAAGCCUUCCCCCGAGCCUUCUCAAGGUGCCAGUGAAGUCACAGCCAAGCUUGCUUCAUCAUCCCUCCAACCCCAGAAACCAUCCCAGCCAAAGCCCAGCGUGCAGGGUGCAGGGGAUAAUGGGCCCAGUGAUGUCCCUCAAGCAGCCAAGCCCAAGUUCAUAGCGCCGACCGUCUCCAAGUUCCGCCACAUGAACUCCGCCCUCAUGCCUCGGAGCAUGCACAUGUACAACCUGUACAAUCUGAGCAAUAACAUCUUUGGGGAGUGCGACGUCUUCCAUGCCAACCUGAAAUGGGGUGCGGUGCCACUCGGUGGACCCGGCGGAAUGAUCGCAUUUGUGGACAUGAAUAAACCAGGCAAGCUGGAGCGAGACUUGCCAUCCAUCCAGAAUGGCACCAGUGUCAUGGACUUUGCUUGGGACCCGUUUAAUGACAGCCGACUGGUAGUGGCUUGUGACAAUGCUAAGAUCCUGAUAUGGGACCUGCCUAGCGAGGCUUGGAGUGAACCGCUAACAGAACCUUCUCUGGCACUCAGAGGCCACUACGAGAAGCUCUACUUUGUCAAGUUUCACCCGCAAGCCAAAGACAUCUUGAUGUCAGCCAGCUACGACAUGACGGUCAAAAUCUGGGAUUUAAGCUCUGGAGAUGAGAAAAUCAGCUUGACAGGGCACACGGACCAGAUUUUCAGUGCUGCGUGGAGCUCUGAUGGCUGCAGGAUUGCCACAGUCUGUAAGGAUGGGAAAAUGCGGAUAUACGAUCCAAGAACGUCAACUGAACCCAUCAAAGAGGGGAACGGUCCGCCAGGCAGCCGAGGGGCACGCAUUCUCUGGGUCUGCGGGGACGACUUUCUGUUUGUCUCUGGAUUUGAAAGGGGAGGCGAGCGCACCAUCUAUCUCUACGCAAUGAGCGACCUAAGUAAAGCACUGGAGAGGAUUUCGUUUGACAAGUCGCCGUCUACAUUGGUUCCAUUCUAUGAUGAGGAUACCAACGUUGUCUUUCUUACCGGAAAGGGAGAUUUGACAACCUCAGCCUUUGAGAUCCUCCCAGAGUCCCCGUACUUCUUCACCAUAGCGCCUUUCCAGCAAUUGGUUCCUCAUCAGGCAUUGUCAUUCUUGCCCAAGAAGGUGUGCAAUGUCCGAGACGUGGAGUUUGCCAAAGCCAUGAGGUUGACCAAGACAACCAUUGAACCGGUGACCUUCGCAGUGCCAAGGGUCAAGAGAGAGUAUUUUCAGGACGACAUCUUUCCAGACACCAGAGUGACGUGGGAGUCGGUCCUGACGAGCCAUGAGUGGCUGGAUGGGAAGAAUGGAAUCCAGCGCAGGAUGAGCCUCUGCCCGCCUGACAUGAAAUUAUUGAGCUCCAUACCGAAGUCGGGUCCAGCGCCCAAGAAAUACGUGGCUGAGGUUGAGCUCAACUACAAGACGGAUGAACAAAAGAAGGAAGAGUUGCUGAGUGCCAUGACCAACAAACUGGAGGCCAAGGAUGAACCUCUACCCCAGGACUUGUGCGAAGGAGUUGACGAAGAUGAAUGGUCUGACUGAGCCUUACUGACAGCUGCCUGUUUCUGUUAUCACCCUAUUGGUGCCCCCCCCCCCAUCCCCACCCCCAAAUCUUGGUAAGGCCCCACCCUUGCCAGCACACGUAGUGGGCCUGACACCAGGUUUUCUUCAGUAAUGAGAAUAAUGUACUUAGAAACUAUUUUGUCAAAUUACAACGUUUUGUAAGGCAACAUUCUUCAGCUUUAACUUGAACAAAGUAACAUUGACUGCAGCAGGAUUCGAACUUGCAACCUUCAAAACGCUGCAAGAGUGCUCUACCAUCUGAGCUAUUCAGCUACGCAAACCGGUCUAUCGUUAUAUCAUUUUUUACUUUCUGUGUGUAAUUGGUUGCAAUUUACAAAGGUUGCCAUGACAGAAAUGCAGCUUUCUUACAAAGUUUUAUCCAAAUCAGAAGGUACAUUUGUGCAGGGACAUAAAGCGUAUCAUAUUUAGUUUUCUUAUGAGUACUUGAUGCGUACAAUGAUACUUAUUAAUUUUUUAAGAUUCAUAUUUUUUGCUUCAGAUUAAUAUGAUAUAUCAGUAUAUAAUAAUUCCUUAUAUAAUAGGAAGGCAUUGAUUAUAGGUUCAUAUUCACAAACUGUAUGUUCCAUAUUUUUGUAGAUACAAGCAUGUUAAUACAUGCACGUCAAAACUAUUAUAUAUGGUAUACCGUACAUAACAUAGCAGCAGCAGCAGCAGCAUUGGUUUUACGAAAGACCAUCAUUUGAUUCGAACCAGCCAACCGAUCCCAUUAGCUCGGUGGUCGA